AAUCAGAGUUUUCAGAGCAGAACGACAAGUGCGCUGCGUCGCAGAGAGCAUUCUCAGGUUGGACAGAGAGGCCACAGCACGCUCGUUGUGUGCGUAUUGCGAGGAGAAAGCAAGCCUGAAUUCAAGCUAACGUUUCAAAGGAUAUUUGUUUUAACAGCCGGGACCUCGUUUUUCUUCUUCCACCUGAACGGUAACACCAUGAAGACCAACGCCGUCUUGCACGAAAGCCUCGUGUCCAUCACGGCGCGCGACGUUUUCUUUAAACUGUCAGUUCAUCUCCUUUUCAGACCUGACGUCGUAUAACUGUCACAACGCGUGACCUCGUGAACAUAUGUUCCGGUGAAUUGUCCUCUUGUCGUCAUCAGCUGUACCUGGACAACAUUGCAUUUUGACUAAUCGUCAUCAUUGUUUUCUUUUUUGUUGUUGUUUUAAUGCACUUGGAGUGCAGCCUGGUCGCCUCAUCUAAAUCACAUCCACGUAGCCCCUCCUCUUUCUGCUGCUGACGAAGAGCCACAACACCAGAGAGCUGCGAGUCAGUCUGACACCAAACACAGAGGAAGACAGAGGCUCUCCUGAGAAUAGACGAGCACGAGACGGGAUCAAGUCAGGAAUGAAGAAUAAAAGGAUGAACUAACAUCUCUUGGACUGUGUCAAGAGGAGUAAAGGGAUUGGACCAGUGAUCUCGCCUCCUUAGGAUUUUCUCCUUGUGUUUGUGAGUAAAGACUAAACUGUAAAGUGGAUCCUUCCUUAAUCUGGAGAACACUUUCCCUUUAUGUAGCCUUCUAUAGCACCAUGGAAGCUUUAAGUUGUAAACAGUCGAGUCCGGUUCAAGCUUUAGAAAUGUAUGUGAUUGUGUUGUUGGUGGAUUGAAUAGUUAAUGUCAGAGUAAUAACAAUGGUUGAACCGGUGGGGUUUGUAGCAGCGUGGAGGGCCCAGUUCCCGGAGUCUGACCCCCCUUGCAUGGAGCUGAACUCACUGGGUAACAUUGAACAGGAGCUGGACAAAUGCAAGACUUCUAUCAGGCACCUGGAGAAGGAAGUAAACAAGGAGCGCUUUCGGAUGAUCUACCUGCAGACUCUGCUCGCAAAAGAGAGGAAGUCUUACGACGGGCAGCGAUGGGGAUUUAAAAACACGCGCCACAUGAAUGAUGGAGAACUGCCUGGCGGGCCAGACGGCCAGAGGCCCCACGCAGAAGAGGCACCAGUGGAGGAGCAGCAGCUGCAGAGAGGGCCUGGCAAGACAACCAGGUGUAAACCACAUCCAGAAGGAGAGGUGGACGGUGCGUCCCCGGCUAAACAGAAGGGCGGCGUGUCACCGGUGCACCAGGACUCGGAGGUUCCCGAUUUCCCACUGGGCACGGGCUCUGUGGCAGCUCUGAGAUCCAACUUUGAGCGCAUCAGGAGGGCCAACUCUCACUCAGCCGGAGACGGCAGAGGGCUGUCAGUCAUGGGCGGCCCGGAGAAACCUUUCUACGUGAACAUGGAGUACCAUUCAGAGCGAGGGUUGGUGAAAGUCAAUGACAGGGAGGUUUCGGACAAGAUCAGCACCCUGGGCAGUCAGGCCAUGCAGAUGGAGCGCAAGAGGUCCCUGCACUCCCUCCCGGUGAACCUGUCAGCCGCCGCGGGGGACAUCAGCAAGGCUUUUCAGAGAGGCAGGUCCACCGAGGGGAACUGCAGCCACAACGGGUCGUAUGAUGAGGCCGAGGUCAGCCCUCACUUCCUGAAAGACGGUGUGAUGCGUUCCGCCGGGGGGAAGUCUGAGCAGCAGUCAGCAGAGUGCCAGCCCUACACCAGUGUGUAUGUCGGCGGAAUGAUGGCUGAGGGGGACACCCGGGUCAUCCACAUUCGGGACCACAGCAUCGAGGAGGAUGCACACCUCACCUGGCCGAGACGCUCCUACUCGCCCGGCAGCUUUGAUGACGUCGGAGGAGGCUACACACCAGACUGCAGCUCCAACGAGAACUUAACAUCCAGCGAGGAGGACUUCUCCUCGGGCCAGUCCAGCCACGUGUCUCCCAGCCCCACCACCUAUCAGAUGUACAGGGAGAAAAGCCGCUCGCCCUCCCAGCACUCCUUUGACAGCAGCAGCCCGCCCACACCCCUGUCUCAGAAACGGCUGAAGCAGCAGGGCAUAGUGUCCGAGGCCUCCAUCAUAGGGGUUCGUAAAACGGGCCAGAUCUGGCCCAGUGAUGGGGAGUCCACCACAUCCAGCAGGACCUCUCAUGACAACAGUGUUCAAGGAGAUCUGGAGGCUCCCUACAGUGAGACCCCUCCGUCAUAUGGCUAUGACCUGGAGCACCCAGAGGAGCACCAGCCUCGUCACGACCCUCUAUCCUUCACCGGAUCCCCGACCUCCUCGCCACGAUUCCGCUCCAAGAGCCGGAGCAGCCGAGACACCCAGUCCUCCGGCUCUCUGGAGUCCACGCUGUCGGUGGAGUUGGAUCAGGAGAAGGGGCUGGAGAUGAGAAAGUGGGUUCUGUCAGGGAUCCUGGCCAGUGAGGAGAUCUAUCUCAGCCACCUGGAGGCCCUGCUGAUACCCAUGAAGCCUCUGAGAGCAGCAGCCACAACAUCCCAACCAAUGCUGACCAUCCAGCAGACAGAGACCAUCUUCUUCAAAGUGCCAGAGCUUCAUGAGAUCCACAAGGACUUCUAUGACGCUCUGCUGCCCCGAGUCCAGGACUGGGGCCAUCAGCAGUGUGUGGGCGACCUCUUCCAGAAACUGGCGAGCCAGCUUGGAGUGUACCGGGCCUUUGUGGAUAACUAUAAGGUCGCUGUGGAGACGGCGGACAAAUGCUGCCAGGCAAACGCUCAGUUUGCAGAGAUAUCUGAGAAUCUCAAGGUCAAAAGCACAAAGGACUGCAAAGACCAGUCGGCUAAAAAUUCACUGGAAACGCUUCUCUACAAACCGGUGGACAGAGUGACGCGCAGCACACUCGUUCUGCAUGACCUCCUGAAGCACACGCCCUCCAGCCACCAGGACUAUGCACUGCUACUGGACGCCCUGCGCAUCUCUCAGAACUUCCUGUCCAGUAUAAAUGAAGAGAUCACCCCACGUAGACAGUCCAUGACAGUUAAGAAGGGAGAGAACCGUCAGCUGUUGAGGGAUCGCUUCAUGGUGGAGCUUGUCGAAGGUUCCAGGAAACUCCGUCACGUCUUCCUCUUCACGGACCUGCUGCUCUGCACCAAGCUGAAGAAACAGGCUGCGGGAAAAGGGCAACAGUAUGACUGUAAGUGGUACAUCCCACUGGCUGACCUGACUUUCCAGACCAUUGAGGACUGUGAGUCCACCCCCAUCCCGCUGGUCCAGGAUGAGGAGAUCGACGCCUUGAAGAUCAAAAUCUCCCAAAUCAAGAACGAGAUCCAAAGAGAGAAGAGAACCACCAAAGGACCCAAGGUGAUCGAGCGACUGAGGAAGAAGCUAUCGGAACAGGAGUCUCUGCUGCUUCUCAUGUCGCCCAACAUGGCGUUCAGAGUGGCCAACCGAAACGGCAAGGGUUUCACGUUCCUCAUCUCUUCUGAUUACGAACGUGCCGAGUGGAGGGAGAUCGUUCGCGAGCAGCAGAAGAAGUGCUUUAAAAGCUUCUCUCUGACUUCUCUGGAGCUGCAGAUGCUAACUAACUCAUGUGUGAAACUGCAGACUGUUCACACGAUUCCAAUGACCAUGAAUAAGGAAGAUGAUGAAUCUUCUGGUUUGUACGGCUUCCUAAAUGUCAUCGUCCACUCUGCGUCAGGGCUGAAACACAGCUUAAACCUUUACUGCUCUCUGGAGGUGGAUUCCUUCGGCUACUUUGUCAACAAAGCCAAAACACGCGUGUACAGAGACUCUACAGAGCCCAACUGGAACGAGGAGUUUGAGAUUGAACUGGAGGGCUCUCAAACUUUGAGGCUGCUCUGCUAUGAGAAGUGCUACAACAAAACCAAGCAGAGCAAAGACGAUGGAGAGAACGCAGACAAGAUCAUGGCCAAAGGACAAAUAAAGCUGGAUCCUCAGACGUUGCAAAAUAAAGACUGGCAGAGGGCAGUCAUCGCCAUGAAUGGGAUUGAGGUGAAGCUUUCCAUGAAGUUCACCAGCAGAGAGUUCAGUUUAAAGCGAAUGCCUUCACGGAAACAGUCCGGCGUCUUUGGAGUGAAGAUCAACGUCGUAACGAAGCGAGAGCGCUCCAAGGUUCCCCUCAUUGUGAGACAGUGUGUGGAGGAGAUCGAGCGACGAGGGAUGGACGAGGUGGGAAUCUACCGAGUGUCAGGAGUCGCAACUGACAUCCAGGCUCUGAAGGCGGCCUUCGAUUCCAACAACAGAGACGUGUCUGUCAUGAUGAGGGAGAUGGACGUGAACGCCAUCGCCGGAACACUGAAGCUGUAUUUCCGCGAGCUGCCGGAGCCUCUUUUCACUGACGACUUGUACCCUAACUUUGCUGGAGGCAUCGCUCUCUCUGACUGUGUGGCCAAGGAGAGCUGCAUGCUCAACCUGCUGCUGUCUGUGCCAGAGACCAAUCUGGUGACCUUCCUCUUCUUGCUCGACCACCUUAAAAGGGUGGCUGAAAACGAGUGCAUCAACAAGAUGUCUCUGCACAAUCUGGCCACAGUCUUUGGCCCCACUUUGCUGCGGCCCUCUGAAAAAGACAGCAAGAUCUCAAACAGCUCACAGCCGAUCUCCAUGAACGACAGCUGGUCUCUAGAAGUUAUGGCUCAGGUGCAAGUGCUUCUCUACUUCCUUCAGCUGGAGAGCAUUCCUACCCCCGACAGCAAACGUCAAAGCCUUCUCUUUUCCACUGAAGUAUAACGGGAACAUCAUGCACUUGUGUGUACAUGUUCAGUUCAGAGGCAGAAUGUCUGCUGCUCAAUGACCUGGACGCUGCUGCGCAGCCACACGGCCGGCUGGUUUACUCUGAGGAUGCUUAUUUUAGCCACUAGGUGGAGCCAUCAACACGCUGCGGACUAGAAACAGCCACCAUGACCAAAGCCAUGUCUUUUGGAGAUGUGAUGAAAGAGCCUGUGUGUUCUGUUUACCCACAAGCUUGCCUGCUGUGUCAGUAAAAGACAACCCUCCAUGAUGUAUGUACACAUAUAUCAUUCCUUUUCUAAUUUAAUUUAAAUUUCAAGAGGUGUUAUUUACUGUACUUAGAUAUUUUCCACUGCCCUGUUCUGUCACUGUGCACAUUAGCUCCAUAUUCACAGAGGGGAAUUUCUGCUGUAGUUAGAUAUUGUACGAUUUAUUUCUGCGGAUGGAUGAUGGAUGAAUGAUCGGACGUGUUUGUUUUUUCCCAGAAGAUGUUUGACUUGGUUGAAAGCUCAUCUGUGCCAAUGUUUCCCUGCUGAUGGCCAAUAGAACAUUUCAGUUGCCCAAAUGUUUACACGCACUCUUCAUUUUGUAAAGAAUUUAAAAGACUGGAAACUGUAGUUGACACACAGCAACAUGCAGGCGUGUUGACCAAAGCAUCUAAAGUGUGCUAUACUGUUUGUAUGGUGACCUUGUUCAGUUGACAGGUUCUUCUUGUGGUGCCCAAAUCAACUUUUCUGUAGAUAUAAUUGAUUUCUUUUGGAAGUGGUACCGGGAAGUGAAAGGCAAAUCAUUCCAGGAAAAGGUGAGGCCUGAUCUAGGGAGUGUGUGCUGUGCUGUGUAGCAGUUACAUUUCACAGUUGUCUUUUGUCCAUAUUUCAUAUGUUUUGUGUCCACGUUGUUUUUGUUUUUUUCUGAUUUGAUUUAUUCUGUGGAUGUAUAUGUGUUGCUUCCUGCAUUCCUUCUCUGGAGUUUAUCUAUAUAGGACAAAACCACAUUGCUGUAGAAAUGAGAGCACCCGGAGAUUAUCUCAAAUACCAAAUGUUCCCUAGUAGGACCCUUGAAGCACAGUGAUUCACUCAUAUACACGUUUUAUGGCUUAUUAAUAGGUUAAUCAUCCACAUACCUGGUAUUACUUGUGGAAAAUACACUGUGUUCUUGCAUUAAUAUUUUUUUUUCCAAAUCACUACAAGUAUUCAAACACUUGUGAGCACAAACUAUAACCCUAAAGGCUUGUGAUUUAAGUAAAAUAAGCAAUAACUAUUAGAGAUUAUAGGAUGAGACGAGUGGGUCUUGUGUGUAUGAUUGAUGUAAAUAAAAACUUGGCAACAUUAUUUUUUGCAAUGUGUACUUCCUCAGCACGAGAUAAAACAUACUCGGAUUUUAAAAUUCUCUGAUACUGUCUUUUUUAUUAAUAUGUAUAACUCAUACUGCAGUUCAGUGUGAAUUCUACCUGAUAUGUGAUGAAAUAAAAAUAAAACAUUACUGUG